GUCAGUUGCCAGAACUUCUGUGCAAAUUCCUUUAAAGGGGAGUGGAAGAGCGGAAUCUGCACUACCCUUUCUGCAAACUCUUUAGCAGUUCACUUUCAAUUUUGGAGGCUUAUUAAGUACUUCUCAAGGACUGGCUAUAUUUGUCUGAGACUUGCCAAGAUGUCCUUCAAUACUACAGACUUUGACUACAAUGCUCUGUUGCUUGACCAGAAAAACCAGAAUAAGUACUUAAAUGCAAUCAGAAUGCUAUACAUCAGUGGAUAUCUCAUCAUCUGCACCCUUGGCCUGGUUCUCAACCUUUUAGUCAUUAUAGCAGGCAGCUCUUUCCACCGCAAUUCUGACACUGCUAAGUGGGUACUGGCAUUAGCCGUGACCCAUCUGAUCUGCUCAGCAUUCCUGCCAUUGCAGAUCCUCUACAGCUGGUACCACUUCAACUGGCACUAUGGAACACCUCUGUGCAAGCUCUCGUCCACCGUAUUUUAUGCCAGCUUGUUCUCCACAGCAGGUAUACUGACUCUCUGGAGUAUCACUGACAGGACUGGGAGAAACAAAUGCAAAGGAAGGCAUUGCACUACAUUCCAGCAUUCAUCAGUAGUCCUGAUCAUGAUUCUGUGCUCCUGGACAUUUGCAGUGGUCCUAAGCAUCCCAUCUUUGUACUCCCGAGAGCUACGAUUCACAGCCCUGGGGGAACAGUGCAUUGAUGACUAUGAUUUUAGUGAUGAGAUAAUGACAAAAGAAGGAAAAAGAAACCUAACCAUUGUAGUUAGUUACAGGUUCCUACUUGGGAUUUUGAUCCCUGGAUUUCUGAUGGGUAUCUGUCGCAGCUGUCAGCAUUAUGACGCGGAAAGGAACUUGAAGCGAAUCACAUGUUUGAUAAAAGUGGCUUACUUUGUUUGCUGGACUCCACUGCUGAUCAUGGGGUUCCUACAGGCCGUCACAAACAGUUUUGAUGAUUCCUCAUAUGGAUUACCUGUAGCUACUGUGCUGGCUGCAGCUCACUGCUGUGUCAACCCAGUGAUCUAUCUUUUGGUGAGUCACAACAUUAAAAUGCAGUGGAUGAAACAAGCACAAGAAUUGGACCAAUCAACCAACAGUUAUACUUAAUGCCUAGAGGACUACCGACACUAUAUGCUUUCAGUUAUUUUCUGUUAUUCGAUAUUCAUUUAUUCUCUAUUCAUGUUUAUGCAUACACAGUAAAAAAUAUAUACAGUAUAUACCUUAUUUGUUUUAUCAGUAUGAACCUUAUAAUGAGGAAGGUUUACUAUUUAAUUCAUUAUUUUAUCAUGAAUGAAGCUGACAUGAAUGUAGCUUUGGAUGGUAAACAUGUCGGACUGACUUUAAAUAAAAUGUAAUCAUGUAUCAUUUUACACUUUUAUAUCAUUUUGCACUUUCUUUUAUGUAUGUAUUUUUUUAAAAAUAAUACAUUUAUAAAAGCAUUUAUGAAAUACUUUUAUAUGCAUUUAUCAUGAACUAAAUAAAUGAACUGGUGAUCAAGAGAGAAGCUUUACUCUGAUUUCAGAUCUGGUCUAAUAUUUAUGUCAAAAUAUGCUUGUUGUAGUAGCUGGAUAGUACACAAAAUAACCUUUAAUUAAGUAGCAACAUUUGAAUAAUACGAUCAAUAUUCUAUUGCUAUAUCCUGGCAUUGUUAUAUUUCACAUUAAAGAUCAUUGGGUAAAAAGUUCCAAAUUGGAAAUACAUAAAGAUUACAUAAACCAUUUCUGAGGCUUAUGUCUGAGACAUCUGUAGAAAGAGCACAGAUGCACAGGCAUUUUUGACACCUUCAAAGGACAGGCAACGUUCUACCUUCCUGCCUCUCUUUAGAGCCAGAGGCAUCUGAGACCAGAGGCAUCAAGAUUCUGCUGUAUUUGGAUCCUAUGUAUGCCCACCAAGGAGCUAGCCAUUCGGGAUAUGUCCAACCUUCUCUACUCCUUGCUCCUAUGGCUAGAUGGGCUGUUCAACUGGCCAUAAAAUUGACCAGUUCUCACAUAUUGCCACAUGCUAGUCCGCUAAAUCAUCCAGGCAGCAUGAGGUUGGCUGGCUGUCUUCACCUUGCACAGAACCUCCUCUGGUAUCUUUCUCUUUUUGUCUAUCCAUGGUUACCUUCACUGAGAUCGACUCACCUACCAGAACUGUAAAUUGGUAAAGCAGUGUAUGCCUGGGAGAGUGGCGACUGUUCCCAGAUGUGAUGUCCCAGAUCUGGAACAACGUUUGUAGGUGUCCCUAGAGUACCAGGACAGCCCACUGGGACAGGAUGCACUGGCCCUAGACUGGCUCCACCAUUUACUGUAUGUCUUUCCAUCUCUGCCACUGAUUCCCAUGUUGCACAGAAUUCAGCAAUGAGACCAGAGUUCUACUUGGGCUUUAAUUGUAAGUCAAAUUAGACAAUCGACAAAUAACUAUAAAUUUUAAGUAUGUUAGUCUGUUUAUAUCAGCUACAAUAUGCUUUACAUGUAGCAUUAUGAAGUUAUACCCAAACCAAUAUGGGUCGGUUUGACCCAAGAUCUAGCUUACAUUAAAAAAAAAAUGAAUAAAUUAGAGUGUGAAAUUAAUAAUAAUAAGAUAUAAUAAUCUAAAAGUUCACAAGAUAGAAUAAAUUUACAUACAAUCUCAUUUAAAAUGGUAAUUAUCAGUUCCCAGAAAUCUCAUUCUUGG